AUGUAUCGCUCUAUUGGGCGGAGUGUCAGCUCUGGAGACCGUGCGCUCUACAACUUUGAAAUUGAUCAAUUCUCAUCUUCACAGAUCCUCCCAUGCCUUCCAUCGUUCAUCUACGAUCUUGACAUCUUUGUGUUCACCCUCGACGUCUCUGCAGUCGUCAUCGUUUUCCUAAUCUCCCUAUUCACAAUCAUCUCCGAAUGUGCGUUCUUCCUCAUGAUCGUCUUGCUGUUAUCCGCCGAACAAGUGCAGUCCGGAUCCAUUUCGAGUCGUGCUUUCCACACUCAAAACCUUCUGUUCUUCAAGCUCAUUCUCCAAGUCAUCAUCCCGUUGCUCACUCUCAUCAUUCCACUCGUCUAUGCCAUUUACUCCGUCUCCUCCAACACCUAUAACCAGGCCCUCAACAACUUGCUCAUCACGAUCAGUGCCUCAACGCACGGUCUCGUCGCGUCGACUUUCAUGAUCUUGGCCCAUCCACAAUUCCGUUCUCCACUUUGUUUCCGUAAAUCGUUGCCCUCUAAUCGCAUGGUUGUUCUUGAGCUGAGCAGUCGGAAUAGAGUAGCGUCAGGUGUGAUGUAA